UCGCCAGGAAUCUUUUCGAUUUGGCAGCUAUCUUCACACUACUGAAAGUCGAUACUCAUCGAACAGGGCAUGAUGUUUCGCCAUGGGGAAGGGUUAUUUGCCGUCCAUCGGACCGUCAAUCUUACACAUCGAUUUAAGUAGUGACCUCUCUGCCACGCUUUAUCCAUCCUCAUUAUUCUGCUUCAUAAUACUCUUGGUCUCGCUUCGCUCUCUUUUUUCACUAUUGUCAUUGUGUGGCCCCCUUGCUCUACCAUACCCUACCCAUUCCGCUAGCUUGCAGCGCAGGCUACUACGCUCUUUUCGACGCUUGAGGCGCCAUACAACAUAGUCAUAAUGAAGCAUGUUACUGUACUCUCCCUGGUGGUCAGCCUUGCUGCCGCUCAGAUGUCUGUCAUGAGCCUUGCACCUGCAGCAUCCAACGGGCCGAUGACACAUACCAUCGUUGUUGGUGGACUGAAACCAGUAGAGACUGGAAUGGCAGCUAUACUAGGAUACACUCCUGAGUCAAUCACGGCGAACCAAGGCGAUAUGGUCGUCUUCAAAUUCAUGCAAAAAAACCACACCGUUACGCAAUCGACAUUUGCCGAGCCAUGCAAAAAGAAGGAAGGAGGCAUCGAUUCGGGCUUCAUGCCCAAUCCUGAUGGCACGGCGGACGUACAGUUCAACAUGACUGUUACUACCACAGACCCACUGUGGUUCUACUGCCGACAGCAAACAGGGACGCACUGCGGAAAAGGCAUGGUCUUCAGCAUCAACCCUGCAACAACAGGCGAUAAAACGAUGGUUGACUUCAAGCAACUCGCCAUCAACCAGAACGGCACUGACCUGAAGCUCGGCGCUAUCCAGUCCGUUAAUCCUAAUGCUGCAGCCGCUCCUACAACCGUAACUGUUCAGGCUGGGACAGGCACUGGCGCUAGUGCGCUUGCAACCGCGACAGUCGUUGCCGGUCAGGGUACCAACAGCCAAGGAAACACAUGCUCAUGCAGCUGUUUGUGUGGCACGAACUCGUUCCCGGCGAAUGCGGCAGUCAACAACUUUGGUGGAUUUGCAGGUAUGAUGAUUGCAUGAGCAUCUGGUCCGAAUGUCGUAGGAGCGAUCAACGUCUUUUUUCAAACCAUGUUAUGUAGCAACACUUUUCUUCGAGAUGGGCUCCUGGCGGGCAUUUGAGCCCUCGUCUCACCUAUGUAUUUCUUACCUUUGAGCUGACGGCGUUCGCACUAUACCGUAGUCUGCAUCUUGCCAUGAUGUGGUCUUUCCCUAUUGGCAAAUAUGAGAAUAGAUAAUUCAACAAGAGUCA